UAACCCCCCCUCCCUCCACUGUCUACGCCGAGCUCCAGGUUUUAGGGUUUCUUUUCUGCACUAUAGUCGCUGGCUGGUGGGAACUAACUAUGGGCUCGACGUCGCGGAGGAAUUAUAAAUCAGAGAGGCAAUCCCUCUUUUUUCACGAUCUUGCCUCGCCGGUCUCCGUCCAUCGCGCUGGCGGGAGAUUCACCAUCCCCGGCCAAGCGGCUGCCCUCUCCGCCCAAUGGCACGAAAACUUCGGCGGAUCGGAACCGCCGCCACCUCCUGUGUUCACACUGGAGGAUCGCCUUGAAUUCUCCCCUGAGCCCACCCUAGGCGAGUUUCCAGCCUCGCCGGAGCUGGGAUCUGAUUCGAGGACACCAAAUCCUUCGCGCGGAUAUUUAUCCUCUCCUUCUCUUCAUAGAAGCAGGGCGGCGGAACUGAGUAGUUCUGUGUUGGAAAAUGGUGGGUUUCAACUUGCGAAGCAGCAGCACCAGCAUAGUCCAGGGAGCGCUAGCUGGUGGUCGCCGUUGAAGACUGGGGAGCCGGAGCUGGAGAAGAAGGGCAGAGGUUCUCCAGUUGAUGGUGAAGUGCAGCCAGGAGCACUAAUCAUGCUGCCUCCUCCAAGGGAAGCUGUUAGGCCGGAGAUGCAGAGGAAUAACCUAUCCAUGGGAGCAUUGAAUGAGGAAGAGUGGGUUACUGUUUAUGGAUUUGCCCCGGGUGAUACCAACCUGGUGCUGCGUGAAUUUGAGAAGUUUGGUACAAUAUUGAAGCACGUCCCUGGUCCUAGGGAUGCUAACUGGAUGCAUGUUCUCUAUCAGAAUCAUUAUGAUGCCCAGAGAGCACUCGGAAAGAAUGGCGCACAGAUAAACAGUGUUCUCAUAAUCGGUGUGAAACCAGUGGACUAUGCACAGCGGCAAUACCUGGAUGAGAGACACAACAGCAGUAAUAAUGCUAGCCUCCUGAUACCUUUUACUCCUCGCACUUCAUAUAGUAGGAGCACAAGUGCCUCAGUGGCUCCUGGUGUUGUUGUUUCUGCUCGACCCAACUCUCAUCUUAAUGGUGGUGGGGCCUCUGCUACUGACAACAAAGGACAGCGUCCAGCUGGAGCCAUUGCUUCUCCGGCAAAGUCAGUUGUGUCCAAAGUCAUAGACUUAAUGUUUGGGAUAUAGAAUUCUGUCAAAGUACAUUCCCUUUUAGUAUUUUGUUUGUGCUUCCUAUGCGAUUUUUGCAAUUCUUACAGCAUGAGAUGUAAGCUGAUGGGCAAGGGUGAUGUUGGUGUCAGCUUUGUGGCUCAUCUGUUCAGUGAUUUGAGGCAGAAAGACUGAUAUUUGGGUUUUGUAUUGUUAUGCGAUUGGAAGUGUUGCUGAAUGUUAUAGAGUACAGAGGUCAACUCGUGAAUCAUUUUGGUGGGGCGAGUCUUCAUCAUGUUUAGACUAGUUACAGAAGAAAUGUAUAUCACUCGUAGCUGUUUUGUUUUCUUUUCUUCAUUAUAAUCAUCCUAAAGCCCAUAAGAUCCUUUCUGUUAAUUUAGUGAUUUCAAAACUUCUGUUAACUUUUAUUGAGUUUAAAUUUAUUGAAUUUGGUUCGAUCAAGAGGGAAGGUAUGUAGCAAA